AUGACGGGCCUUGCGGAGAAGAUGCAAGAUGCCGGCUACCGGACGCACCUGGUGGGCAAAUGGGACGCAGGGAUGGCCACGCCCUUACACACUCCGCUGGGUAAGGGCUACGAUUCCUGGCUGGGGUACUUCCAGCAUGCCAAUGACUACUGGCAAGAAAGCAUGCCCUUCACAUCCACAGGCAACGUUGACAUUUGCUUGAGCCUUGGCUUUGCUAG